CGGGAGUUAGGGCACGCCACACCAAGGAGGCAGGGACAGAGACAGAGAGAGAGAGUUCCCAGCGUCCCCUGUAUUUCUCACUUCGUCCCUUCUUCAGCCAGUCAGCCAUCUCCAACCACAACCCAGCCAGACUUCUUCCCCUUCUUCCUCUCGCACUCGCAGCCUCGCACCAGUCACCACCACCAUUCUGCGUAAUUUUUACCAAAUGGAAAGUACGCAAUCCAGUUCGUCUACAAGCUUAGUUGACAAGUUAGUGUGUCCUGGAGAUGUGGUUCUUGACCUCUCUAACUUGACAAAUCAGACAAUUAAGCUUGGAGGAGGUCUAUAUCAGGACUGUGAUGCAAUUUCAGUAAUGAAAGCUGGCAAGCUAAGGUUCUCGAAACCUAAUAAAUAUUGGGUUGAAAGUUCUCAGAAAAGGUAUGUGCCCCAUGCAGAAGAUUCUGUCCUUGGAAUUGUUGUAGACUCUAGAUCAGAUAAUUUUCUUGUAGACAUAAAGGGGCCUUCAUUAGCAUUUCUGCCAGUGCUUGCAUUUGAAGGAGGAACCAGAAGAAAUAUACCCAAAUUUGAGGCAGGUACAUUGAUUUAUGUGCGAGUUGUGAAAGCAAACCCUGGAAUGAAUCCAGAGCUGUCAUGUACUGAUGCAACCGGGAGAGCAGCAGAAUAUGGUGCCUUGAAAGAGGGUUUUAUGUUCGAAUGUUCAACUGGCCUCUCAAGAACGCUUCUCAGCUCGCCAACAUGUCCAGUACUAGAAGCUUUAGGGAAGAAGCUGUCUUUUGAAAUAGCAGUUGGUUUAAAUGGACGUGUUUGGGUGAAUUCAGCAUCUCCUUCUACAACUAUCAUUGUAUCUAAUGCAAUUAUGAACUCAGAGUCGUUGAGUGGGGCUCAGCAGAGAAUAAUGGUUGAGAAGCUGUUGCAAAGGAUCCAGUAACAGUGCUGUUCAUACAUGAAAAAGCUAGGUUUCUGAAUUUAUUUUAGGUUCUUUAAUUUGGUGUAGAUUGCCCUUCUUUAACCUAGUAGUUUAUGAUUUAGUGUAAUGUAAAAUUUCUUCCCCAUUUAAGUUUUGGCUUAAAAGACGUCACGUAUAUUAUAGGCACAUAGCACAGAUGCACUUGCAUAUUCAAUUUUGCUUAGAAGUCUGAAAAUGUGAUAAACUUUGAGGAUUUUUGGGUGCUCUUGAUCCAACGGUUGCAGAAACAGCUAUGAGCAAACCCAUUUACGUUGAAGAUUAUUCAAGGA